CCCACACAGGCCGCUCCCCCUGCCGCUGGGUCGGGGCCGUGUGACGGGAUCCAGCUCCAAGUUUCACGGCGCCCGGCCCGCCUCCGCCUCAGGAACAGCGGCAAAACGCUGGAUUUUUUUUUUUAAGUCUGCAAGAGUAGUGUUAUUAGUUAAGAUGUCCUACUUAAUCAAUGGAGUUAAACAUUGCAGUCCUGUGAAUCAGAUCCACAAAAUAACAGGAGCUCUGUUUAAAGCGCACCUAUUAAGGAACACAUGGGGCAUCAAGGAGCAACAAUUAAAAAUCUCACGUGCAUUGUCUCAGCUUAGUUCUGAAAAGGCAAACUCUUAUAAUUAUGUCAUUGUUGGAGCUGGAUCAGCAGGGUGUGUGUUAGCCAACAGGCUGACUGAAGACCCUCACAGUACUGUACUGCUUUUGGAAGCAGGCCCUAAAGACACCCUUUUAGGUAGUAAAAGACUACUGUGGAAGAUUCAUAUGCCUGCUGCAUUAACUUAUAACCUCUGUGAUGAGAAAUAUAACUGGUAUUAUCACACAACUUCACAGAAGCAUAUGGAUAACAGAAUUAUGUACUGGCCCCGAGGAAGAGUGUGGGGUGGUUCCUCUUCUCUCAACGCAAUGGUAUAUAUUCGUGGGCACGCAGAAGAUUAUAAUCGAUGGAGCAGAGAAGGGGCUAUAGGAUGGGACUAUGAUCAUUGCUUGCCCUAUUUUAAGAAAGCGCAGACACACGAGCUGGGAUCAGAUCGGUAUCGAGGUGGAGAAGGACCUCUUUAUGUGUCAAGGGGAAAAACAAACCAUCCUCUUCAUCAAGCAUUCCUGGAUGCAACCCAGCAAGCUGGGUAUCCCUUCACAGAUGAUAUGAAUGGUUAUCAACAAGAAGGAUUUGGCUGGAUGGACAUGACUAUACACCAAGGUAAAAGAUGGAGCACAGCUAGUGCUUACCUUCACCCAGCUAUAUCUCGCCCCAAUUUAUCAGUUACUGAGAAGACGCUUGUAACAAAGAUCUUGUUUCAAGGAACAAAAUCCAUUGGUGUUGAGUAUGUGAAAAAUGGACAAAGGGAAAAGGCUUUUGCCAGUAAAGAAGUUAUUUUAAGUGGAGGUGCCAUAAAUUCUCCACAGCUACUUAUGUUGUCUGGGAUUGGCAAUGCAGACGAUUUAAAAGAACUGGGAAUCCCUGUUGUAUGCCACCUUCCUGGAGUAGGCCGGAACCUUCAAGAUCAUUUAGAAGUGUACGUCCAGCACAAGUGCACAAAACCUAUUACUCUAUACAGUGCACAAAAGCCAGUUAACAUGGUGAGGAUUGGUCUAGAAUGGCUUUGGAAGUAUACAGGUGAGGGAGCCACUGCCCACUUAGAAUCUGGUGGGUUUAUCCGAAGUCAGCCAGGAGUUCCUCACCCCGACAUUCAAUUCCACUUUCUCCCUUCUCAGGUGAUUGAUCACGGUCGGGUUGCUUCCACGAUGGAAGCUUACCAGGUCCAUGUAGGACCCAUGAGGAGUGCAAGUGUUGGCUGGCUAAAGCUGAAGAGUGCAGAUCCAAAGGACCAUCCUAUCAUUGAGCCUAACUACAUGUCGGAAGAAAGAGAUAUUUGGGAAUUCCGCCAGUGUGUCAAGUUGACCAGAGAGAUCUUUGCUCAGAAAGCUUUUGAAAAAUUUCGUGGACCUGAAAUUCAACCAGGAAACAACGUUCAGUCUGACAAAGAAAUAGAUGCCUUUAUAAGACAGAAGUCUGAUAGUGCUUAUCAUCCUUCUUGCACUUGUAAAAUGGGCCAGCCUUCAGAUAGCACCGCUGUAGUUGAUCCCCAAACAAAAGUAAUUGGUGUUGAAAAUUUGAGAGUAGUAGAUGCCUCAAUAAUGCCCAGUAUAGUCAGUGGGAACUUGAAUGCCCCUACUAUUAUGAUAGCAGAGAAAGCUGCAGAUAUAAUUAAGGGGCUCCCAUCACUUCAGGAGAAAAACGUUCCUGUAUAUAAGCCCAAGACCUUGGAGAAACAACGAUAAACACUGUUGUCAUCCUUUCACAUUUUUGCCACUUAGUUUUUCAUCUGUGUGUUUGUAUCUCAAUUGGAAGGGCCAACAAAAUAAAUACCGUAGAAAAAAUACACAUCACAGUAAAGCAGCUAUUAAUUUGGUCCAUUCUGUUAUACCAGAUUAGAUAUAUAUAUAUAUAUAUAUUUAAAUCAGUUGGUUUAAGCUGUUUAUUUUAGUUAGACAGGAAGAGAUCAGUGUGUGUUAUUUUGAAAGUCUUUAUGAUAUGUCUUAUUAUUUAAAGGAAGAAUUUUAACUGUUUUGAGAUUAUUACCCAAGAUUACAGCUACUCAGUAAUUCCCACAUUCUGCAAAGUAAAUGCAAGCAUUUAUGUACUUACAGGCCAAAGUAGUAGUAUCAGAAUUCACAGAAGAGACACUUAACAUGUCCAGAACUUAUAAGAUGUGUUUUUUAUGGGAAGAAUGCAUAAUUUACAAAUCUUUACUAGAAGUUGGACUUUACCAUACUUAGCACUCUGAACUUAGAAAAAAAGACAUAAAAUACAUUUAUCAAGAACUUUUUUUUUCUUCUAAUAAAUGCAGAAAUAGAACUGAUAUUUAUAAAAGCAUAUUGGAAAGCUGGAUUUUACCCUUGCUUUUUUUUUUAUUAUUUUUUUCAAGAAACAAUAGAAUUCAGUUUGCAAUUUAAGCUCAUUUAGUUGUGCUGCUUUAUCUUGUACCAUUGUAAGGGAUCCACAUGCCCAAUAAUUUCCAUAAAGUUACUGAUCUUUGCUCAAAGAUGAGUGCAUGCAAAUAUACUCAAUAGUGUGCCCAACUACCAAUCAAAAAUAAUUAAAAAUAUUUAUAGCUGAGGUAGCUUUAAAAUGGAAGUUCACUCAAAAUAACUACAUUAACCAAGAUAUCAGUGAUAUGAGUAGAGAUCUUUUUGAAUUCAAAGGCAAAUGACUUACUCAGUAAACCAAUGCUAUACUUCAGUUAGGGCUUAAAUCUUUGUUUACUAUCUUCAGAUAUGUCAAACAAAUGCAUGAUCUUCAUGGCUGUUUCAGUGUGUGUCUAACUUACUGGUGCUGAACUGAAAAACAAAGGAACAAAAAUAAUACACCUAAAGAAAAGGAAUUCAUUAACUGGAACCAAAACCAUUUAAUUUUAUGGAUUUGUUAAGUAGUCCAAGCUAACUUCAGACUAAAUAAUUGUUGAAUUAUAAAGCAAAUGCUUCUGUACCUUCAGAUUGCUCAGUAGUUCCCGUGAACAGAAUAUGCCUUUCUUUUUCCCCAGGAAAAGUGGAAUUUUACACCAUUUGAGCAAACUGAAAAAAAAAACAAAUUUCAAAAAAGCUGCUGACUCAGAUGUUGGCUAGAGGGACAACUGCAGAUGUUUAGGGCAGAUUUUUCUACCUAGUGCUGCUGCAAAGUAAUGGUUGGAAGCCCUGCUGCUAGCUGAGAGAAAGGACUUAAUUGAUCAGAGUAUCUGUAUAAAGAGUAAAUAAAAAAUUUGAAGAUGGAAGGGGAUAGAAGUGAACAUCACUCCCAAAGGAAACAGGUAAACCCUUUCUAUGUACGAUAUAUAUUUGCCUGGAAUGCGGGGAACAAUAAAGUCAGAGGUGAUUGACUGGCUGUAUUAGUAAGACAAUUCACCUGCCAUGACUGUGCCUUUAGGGAGAGCAUGAAUUAUGUAUAAUGUACCACUUUUAUAGUAACUAAUAGCUUCUAUUCAGCAGCUAUUCUUCUGAGAUCUUCAUUUAAAGAAACUCACUGUAUCUUAGUGUCAUUUAGGAUAAGAACUAUUAAGGAUGUUCAGAAUACCAGUGAUGAGACUCACCGCAGUCCUGUGCACUUGAGAGAGGAAGCAAUUUGGAAAGAUGUGACAGUGAAGUUCCUGCGUUUGCAGAUUCAAAACAUGGGUUUCCAAUCUAGACAUGCAGCAUGGGAAUUGUUAUUAUGCAACUGCAGAGGAUUAACUAGUUGCUAUAUUACAUAACUUAUUGCUUGAACACACAGAGCUGUCAUCUGCCAUUAUUUCAAGUUCUGAGAGAUUAGGAAAUGGUGAGGUUAGAUAAACAUAUAGAAUUGCAUGUGUCUUACAUUCACGUGUCUUGCUGCUUUUAACAAUCAAGGUACGCGUUGCUGCAUUGUGUAAUCAGACAAUCAGGCAUUUGUUCUGAAGCAUCAUCUUUUCUCACAGUUCUAAACAUACAGCCUUGCAAGGUAUUCUAAACAUUUGAAGAUUUUUUUCACUGCUGCGCAGCUGUAGCUGCCUUAUUAAUUUAGACCUCACCACUACAGAACUUCAUGUCUCCUUCAUGUAUUUCCUUUGAUGUAGUCCUAAGGAAAUUCUUCAGGUAUUUGAAAAUGUUGUCCUGGGAUAAUUUUCAGGUAGCAUCAAGCAGCCAUUAGAUUCUCCUGCACUCUGUGUGUCUGCUGGGAUUGAAUUUCUGUUGCAAUUGGAAUUUCUGUUGCAAUUGUUCUUACUCCUAGCAGAGUUCAGUCUGCUAAGGGUGCUUAGAACAGAUAAAAAUGUUCUAAUGUGCUCUGUGGAGCACUGGGAGCCUGCAAGUUAAAUAUCAGCCAUCUACACACCUUAUGAAUAUUGUGGAUCACAGGACAUUAUUUAACAAAAUAAUAUAGUGGUUAAGCAAAUAUUAUUUCCAUUUCUAUUCAGAUAUUUUUUCUAUAGAUAAGCAGAUGAUAGUACAUUAUGGCUUCAAAAAGAGUUCACUGUCAGAGUUUUUUGAUGUAAGAACUGGGAAAUUCCUAGACCUGCCAGCCUGGCUUCAACCAGCAAUGGUACUGAGUGCCAGCAGCAGCAUUUCCAUGGGAACAGCUUGCUGUGGGUGCUUUGGAGACAGCUGGAUGUCUCUGGCAGGGGGCAAUAAGAUUAAGAAAGAAAAGUGACCAAACUCCUUUCUUUCUGUACAUGAAUCUCAAUUCAAAUUACUUUAGUAUGAGAAGUGCUAUUAAAAGCAGCAGAAAAUAGCUGUAUUUGUAAAACUGCAUUUUGUUUCAUUUAAGGACACUCUAGAUUUUGUACACCAUUCCGGUGAUGUUCUGAUGUUUCUCCAGCUUAAAAUACUUUAAAAUAAUUUUCAAGUGUAUGAUUUCAAUUACUCUACAAAUAAGUAAGGCGACUGGGAAAGUAAAUAGUGGGGUUGUUGUAACAGACAUUUUCUGUAACAGAAACAUAUUGAAGUAUUUGUACAUCUUAUUAAAAUAAUAGUUACAUGACAUGGAUUGUUGGGAAAAAAAUAAAAGCAUUUGUGCAUCUUGUAACAGUUCAAAAGUUACUGCAGAUACAACACAAGCAUCUUAUUGCAGUGUUCUUUUAGUCUAUAUUUUUCUGUCAUCCAACCUCCGAACAAAGGAUAAUGUUCAAAUAUGAACAUAUUUUAUAUGUACAAUCUUUAAGUGAAUAUAACUUCUCUUAGUUGUAUUUAACUCCUUGCUAAUGGACAACCAUAAUGCUUUCUGUCACUGUGUUCACAUGUAAGCAAAUCUGGGAAAUCAUGAUAAAUGCAUUAAUUGUUGAGAUCACUUACAUUUCUUUUAAUGGAGUGAUGACUACAAUUCUGUGAUUCAUUCUAAGGCUGCCAGUUACCAUGUAAUCAUAUAUAUGUGGGCUAACCUUUUUUUCCUUACGCUUCUGUGAUAAAAUUGAACAGUUAUUCUAUGUAUAGUUAAACCAUUAAUACAGAACAUGGCUUGUAGCUGAAUUUCCUCCACUGUUCAUAAGGACUAUUUUCUCAUAAAAUAGUAUAUCUGCCCCAAAGAGUAUCCUUCUUAUCAGACCAUUUGAAACUGAGGACUAACUAUACUACUAGCAAGAAAAUACAGUGAACUCAGCAUAUCUUUUUCUGUCUGUUCAGACAUAUGCUUAAUUUAAAAAGUCUUGUUCCGUGCAAUCUGCUACAUUAGAUGUGCUAUGAGAAAAAUCUGUGCAAUUACUUGCGGGGUUUUUGUUUGUUUGUUUGUUUUUGUUUUAAAUGUUCCAUCUCCAGCUUCCUUAAAGGUGUUUUGCAGAAAUGAGGUGGAGCUGUGAAAACUUCUGACUGCUGUUUCUCUGAAAUAAGAUCUGAAGACUUUAUUUUGGUAUCGGAAACUUUGCUCCUGUAAGUUGAGAUGAGUAACAAAAUGACUACAGUGGGAAACCCACCCAAGUGACAGACAGGCACAACAGAUUUCACUUCGUAAGCAAUGUUAAGUCAGAUUUGCUUGAUUGUUUCCAUACAUUCACACCUCUGGGAGCAUUAAUCCCCUAGAAUGGAUUACAGCAGGAAUACAGCCCUUGUUCAUACAAAUACUCUAAUCACUUUUCUCCUUUCUGGUUAACAGCAAUUAUUCAUAAAGAGCUUGCACACUCUAACACUGUAGAUCUGUUAUCAAAUUCCAUGUGUUCCUUCCCAUUCUCCAAAUGGUACAAACAGAAUUUCACUUUUGGAGCUUCCUGGUGAAAAACUGUCAGUAAAAGGAGUCCCAAGUAUAAUAAAAUUAUUACACAGUUUUAUUUUGAAGAACAUUUUGCAUUUGUUUUAAUACAAAAUGAUUUAGGUCAAGAAAGAAUUUACAAACCUUUAAGUUCUUAUCCUGGUAUUUGAAAUAAGAAUGAUUCCAGAGGAAGUCUGUAUGCUAUUCAUAGGAAAUUGUCAUUAUGUACAAAAUGUUUAUUGACAUGUUUUAAACAUCACAUUUGUAAAAAUGUGAACUGGAUUGCUAUCUAGCAUAUGAAUUACAGGUAAAACCUGAUAAUGCAACUUGUUAGAACAAGUCAUUUUUAUCCAGUGCUAACAAAAUAGACAGUAGCUUUCAGUAUUUUUUGAUUUUCCUCCAAGGUUGUAUUAGCCUCAAAGUCAUUUCAGGGUUUUACUGCAUUAUGAACAAUAUCUCAGCCCUCUUUUGAUUGCAUAAAAAUAAAUCUUUGAAAUAAUACACAUAAAACAGAAAGGUAGAGGCAAUGAAGUAGUAUACUUUUUAUAUAAUUAUUAUUAUUAUUAUUUUUUUUUUUGGUUCUGUGAAGAAUCAUUUAGUCAUAUUUCUUCUUUUUCUGAGCAAAGUAAGCAAUACUUAGUAAAGCAUUUUCCUUUACCUAUGAAACAGUUUCUGCCCUAGAUGCUUUCUAUCACAGUAGGGUACAUAGGCAAUGUACUUUGUCAAGACAAACUGUCCCAUGAUUACUACCCUGGCAUGAACUUGCCAAUUUUUAAAUAAUAUUUCAGUAGCAUGGGAUUAAUACAAAAAUAAAAUUACAACUUACUUUUCAAUCAAAAUGUUAAAAUAAUUUCAAAUCUUUUACCUUUCCAAGUAUAAGACUGCAAAUGGUCAACUGUGCAUCCCUUACACAGAGAGAUUCAUUUGACACCAUAAUGUUAAAAAAAAAGUCUGUGUUGUCAAGUUCAAACUUGACACUUUAUCCCAAAAAGAUUUACAAUGAGAGGUGGCUCUAUUUAAAUAUUUAUGCUAUAGAUCUAUAUAUUCCAAGUAAAAAUACUCAUAUCUAGAAUUCUGUGGAGAGUUACAAUAAUUAGGGUCCAUAAAUAUUGCUGCAGUUCAAUUACGGUACAAUAAUUACAAAAUAUAGAACAUCUCUUUACAAAUACAAAUCAUUGUAUAUUACAAUUCAUUUACAAUAAUUUCUACUAUAUAAUUUUUAGCAAACUAUCUUAUCUAAUUCUACUUUAACCUGGUUGCAAGUGCAUUAGUAAGAAUGCAAUUAUUCCAGUAUAUUUUGCCCUUAAUGUGAUAGUCAUAAAACAGACUAUCUGAAUGAUAUUUUGCUAUGUAAACUGAUGUUACAUAUGACAGAAUAUUCUUUAUAUAACUUCUUUUUCCAAUGAUCUCUAACAGGUAGAGCAUGACAAACCAUGUUUUAGAAGAGCAUUAAGAAAAGAAAUUGGGAGGCAGGUUUGAAAACAGUAUUAGAAUAGAUAUGCAAUGGAUAGCUGAUAUGCUCUUGAGUACUGAGGUAAUGACAUUAUUGGUUGUCAUCACUCACCUCGUGUUGUGCUGGACUUACACAUUUUCACUGACAGAAUCCCGCUCUACUAUGAAGGACAGCAGCACAAAGUUGAAGGACAGGCAAGAUAUUACACCUCAGAAUCCCACUCUAGCCCUCAAAAAACUGAUUGUCAGAACCCGCUUCUUUCCAAAAUAACCUUAUUCCUACAGAGAAGCUGAAGAUUCUGUGGGAAGAGAUGAUGUGCUGCAGCUCUGAUCACAUUUCAGCAACCCGGAGAUAAUCUGUUUAUUAGUUAUGGCUUCCUUGAGGCGUGACGUCACUUGUACAAAACUUGAUCGGUUAACCCCAACUAGUGCCUAGCAUCUUUGAACUAUGAGGCACUUUUUCUGUUAU